AAAUGGAAGCAUUUUCUCCAGACAAACCACAAGGGAGUCAAGAAGAUGAUAGUUAUGAAAUCUCUCCAGUUGAUAAGCUAAGACAAUCAUUUUCAGAAAGUUGCAUUUCACAUACACAAGAAUCAGUAGGAUCAAUUCUUGAAGAAAUGGAUGGAUUAACAGCAACAGUUUUAGAUAUUGGAUCAUAUUGUUGUAAAAUUGGAAUGAAUGGACUAUCAAAGCCAGAAUAUAUCUUCCCAACUGUAAUUGGGACUCCAAAAUGAAUCGGCAAGCCUUCAACAGAUUUCAAUCUGAAAUAUGGCCUUGAUGCCUACAAAAAUUUGCCUAACAUGAAUAUCUCAUUUCCUUUGGAAUUCUCGAGUGAUAUAGACUGGGAUGAAUUCACUGACAUAAUUGUAGAGACUCUACCUCUCCUUAAUUCAAGUCAUUUUUAGUGAAGAUUCUUUCAAUGAAUAUUCAGAAACUGAUUACUCUAUAUAUCCAUUUAUUUUCACUGAGAGGAUUAAUAACAGUCUCAAAAAUAAAGAAGCCCUAAUAGAGUUGGCUUUUGAGACUCUUGAACUCCCUAAAAUUUCCAUACAGAACCAAGCUUUCUGUUCACUUAUUUCACAAGGAAAGACUUCAGGCUUAGUUAUUGAUUGAGGAGAGAAUGCCACUUCUGUAGUUCCGAUCUUUGAUUCUAGAAUAUUAAAAGAUGAAUCUAAUACAAUUUUGGUUGGAGGCAAAAAUUUGAAUCAUUUUCUCAUGGAGCUUCUCAGAGAAAAGUAUUCAUUUCAUACUUCUUAUGAUAGAGAAAUGGCAAGAUUUAUGAAGGAAGAGCUCUGAUAUAUUUCUCCGCACAAAUUUGAUUAUACUAAAAUAUGGCUAGGAGAUAGUCAAAGCUAUACAAUGCCAGACAAAACAAUGCUAAGUAUAGGAGUAGAGCAACAGCUUUGUCCUGAAGCAUUGUUCAAUACUUCUCUGGUUGAUCUUGAUGAUGCCUCACUCCAACAUAUGGUUUUUGAUAGUCUUACAAAAGUUGACAGCUCUAUCAGGAAGGAAAUUGCGGGCCAAUGUUUGCUUGUAGGAGGAACUACUCAGUUUAGGGGAUUUGAGCAAAGACUGGUCAAUGAAGUCUCUAGCCUUAGUAAAGAACUUGGAAAAAUAUUAGAAUUUGUUGAAGAUAGUUCCAAGGAAGCUCAAAGGCAUAUUAGUUCAUGGAUAGGAGCAUCGAUUCUUGCAGAUCUUUCCCAAACUCAUAGAGAUAUGAUCACUGAAGAUGAUUAUGAGGAACAAGGAGCAAAAAGGAUAAGUCGCCAGUUGAAUACUUAA